AUUCACCAUGGAAAGUUUCACAGUUUCUCUAGGCUGCAGCAGUUCACUGCACGGCUGAUGCUGAAAUCUCCUCGAAUUUAUUUGAUCCACUGAUUCUUCUUGUUUGCAGUAUUUGUUUUACCAAAUUGAUCUAUUUAACUCUAAACCAGCUUUAUUCAAAACGACACUGUUGACAGGAAGGAAAAAGUUAUGAUGCACAGCCACCACUACGAGCCUGUCGUUUACCAAGUUGAUGACGACGACGAUCUCUUGGGGGAGGCGUUAAGCGUCCCGAUAAAUAUCAAAUUGGGCAGUAUGGGUCGAGGUGGGGAGCGUUACAACGAGAUUAGUGAACUACAUGACCAAACCAGAAAUCUGGAAGUUGACUUGACGUGGCAGGAAGCAAUUAAAAAAGAAUUCGGAAUCAUGAUUGACUCUAAGCGGUACUUUUUUCGAAGAACUGCAUGCAACUCGUCAUUGCACAGCGUGAAGUCAAAGAUAAGCGAACUCCUCGCGGAAUUCAAGAUUUCUCCAAAGGGUGAUUGGAAAAUUACCAUAAUUCAUAAAGAGCUGUAUGAUUCCUCUGUUGACGUUAAUGGGAUUAAGACAGAGUCAAUGACACCACCGCCUUACCACAAUCCUAGGACAAUUGCACUUCCAACCAGGAAACACCAUAAUAGCGAUAAUAAUGAUACUCCAAUCCUCAGUGUCAAGAACAAGAGUUACAAGACAAUGGAAAAAACAGGUCAUGACCAUAACGGUUACGAAUCUACUCGUCGUCCUGCAUAUGCCGUCACCUCAAACUCAAGACAUGCCCUACCACCAGUACAGCAACAGCAAAUCUUUAGAUGGGAAGGAACUGGCAAUGGAGGAAGAGAAGCAUUAAGCCAGUACUCGUUCGAAAAAGAUGAGUCUGUGUUGCCCAACUACCACACCGCUGGAUAUCGCUCUCCUCAGCCCCCGACUAAUGGUUUUGCCUACGAUGAUGACGAUGCUGCCUCCAUGCUCAGCCGGGACUCUCAAGAUUCACAAGAUUCCCAGGAAGAUCUCGACGCCCUCGGAAUAGAGCAUGAAGAUCUCAAAACUGUAUUCUUACAAAGGAUUCGUGAAAACUUGACUGGAGAGAUGAUACUAGAAGCAAAAACAGCACUCGAAAAUCUUAAGGCGUCACAAUCUCGAGCUAAUGGAAAACGAGAUCGUUGGACCCGAUGGUCAAUUCAAUGUCCAUACCCAGUUGCUGUACUGCGAGCACUUUUCGAUGUCUAAAACAUGAAAUGAAUUGACAACAACAGAUUACCAAAUAGAAAUUAUAUGUCCUACCAGUGAAGUCGUGAAAUUAUUUAUGUUCCUAUUUAUUUUUGUACCGAUUACUACAUAUCUUUCUGAAAAGGUUUAUCCGACCCUCAUACAUUACAUACAAGUACAAAUUGGUGUUGGGUUAAACGAAGUUUCGAAAUUAUUACCCAAGGUUUGUCCAUCACAUAUAUUAUACAUACAUACAUAGAUGUACCAUUUUAGUGUACUACUUUAUGCAUGUCAAUGAAUAUUGUUUUUGACACGCUGAACAUUUGCUACUGGUUGUUAAUAAACUUUAUAUAUAAAUACUAAA